UACCUGCUUAAUAUCGUAAUCGCCUGUAGGCCGCAGCAGCUGAAACAGAAAAAAAACGUAUUCAAGGUGAAGUAAUUGGCUUAAAAAAUAACAGUGACUGCUUCCACUUCUGGCUAGAGUGCGUGGAGAGGGAGAGGUAGAGGCAAGGCUGCCUUAGUCACACGAGAGCACAAAACACAACACAACAGCUGCGGUUAUGAGUGCCAAGAGUAGGCGCCCUGGCACCGCCAGCAGCCAGACAACACCCAACGAGUGCGUCCAGGUGGUGGUGCGAUGCCGACCCAUGAGCAAUCGCGAACGCACCGAGGGCUCCCCGGAAGUGGUCAAUGUCUAUCCGAACAGGGGCGUGGUGGAGCUGCAGAAUGUGGUGGACGCCAACAAGGAGCAGCGAAAGGUCUUCACCUACGACGCCGCCUACGAUGCCAGCGCCUCGCAGACGACCCUCUACCACGAGGUGGUCUUUCCCCUGGUUAGCUCGGUCCUGGAGGGCUUCAAUGGCUGCAUAUUCGCCUACGGCCAGACCGGCACCGGCAAGACCUUCACCAUGGAGGGAGUGCGCGGCAACGACGAUCUGAUGGGCAUCAUUCCACGCACAUUUGAGCAGAUCUGGCUGCACAUCAACCGCACGGAGAACUUUCAGUUUCUGGUGGAUGUCUCCUACCUGGAAAUCUACAUGGAGGAGCUGCGCGAUCUGCUGAAGCCCAACUCGAAGCACUUGGAGGUGCGAGAACGCGGCUCCGGCGUAUAUGUGCCCAAUCUGCAUGCCAUCAACUGCAAGAGCGUCGAUGAUAUGAUCCGUGUCAUGAAGGUGGGCAACAAGAAUCGCACCGUGGGAUUCACCAACAUGAACGAGCACAGUUCUCGCUCACAUGCCAUUUUCAUGAUCAAGAUCGAGAUGUGCGACACGGAGACGAACACCAUUAAGGUGGGCAAGCUGAAUCUGAUCGAUUUGGCUGGCAGCGAGCGACAGUCGAAGACGGGCGCAUCAGCCGAGCGGCUGAAGGAGGCGAGCAAAAUCAAUCUGGCCCUCUCCUCGCUGGGCAACGUGAUCUCGGCUCUGGCCGAGAGCUCGCCCCAUGUGCCGUACCGCGACUCGAAGCUGACGCGUCUGCUGCAGGACUCGCUGGGCGGCAACUCAAAGACGAUUAUGAUUGCCAACAUUGGGCCCUCGAACUAUAACUACAAUGAGACACUGACCACGCUGCGGUAUGCCUCGCGGGCCAAGUCCAUACAGAACCAGCCGAUCAAGAACGAGGAUCCGCAGGAUGCCAAGCUGAAGGAGUACCAGGAGGAGAUCGAGCGCCUGAAGCGUCUGAUUGCGCCGCAACAGCAGCAGCGCAGCGAGAAGCAGGGAACAAUCAAGAAGCAGCGCGUCAGGAAACCCAAAAAGGAGCCCCAAUCACAGGACCUGAUGGGCAGUGCAAUGCAGGCCUCAACUGCGGAACUGCAGCCGGAUGAGAACCGGGACAGCGAUGGCGAUGGUGCAGAAUCCGAGUCGGACAAGGAAAAUGAGGCCGAGGUGGCCAAGUCCAAUGAAGAGCUGGAGCGGGAGCGUGUCGAGAAUGCCAAGCUGGCGGCUAAACUCGCCGAGCUGGAGGGACAGCUGGUGCGUGGCGGCAAGAACCUGCUGGACACCUACAGCGAGCGUCAGAUCGAGCUGGAGAAGAAGCUGGUGGAGAUUGCGGAGCGCAAGAAGCGAGAGAUCGAGAUCCAACAACAGCUGGAGCUGCAGGAGGAGAACACCCUGGAAAUACGUGAGCGCAACGUCUCGCUGGAGCAGGAGGUGGAGCUGAAGAAGCGCAAGCUCUCCAAGUGCUAUGCCAAGUAUCUGGCACUGCAGCAGGAGCUCAAUGACUGCAAGCACGACCACAACCAGGACCUGCGUGAGCUGGAGAUGGCCCAGAAUGAGCUCGUCAAGGAGCUGAAGCGCCAGCUGCUCAUCAUUGACAACUUUGUGCCCGUCGAGGUGAAGCAGCGCCUCUACACGCAGGCCAAGUACGACGAGGAGCAGGAGGAGUGGAAGUUUUCCUCGCUUCCUCUGCCACUGCCGUCGUCCGGCGCAGAUGGAAGGCAAGGUAACAGGCGCCCCGUUUCCCAUCCACAACGUCGACGGCCCACGUCCGAGCAUGCGCUGCAGGAGGCCAAAUCUAAUGCGCCCAGCUCUCUGCGCUUCAAGAGCGAGAACAUAGUCAGCUACGAGCUGGAGAUGCCCUGCCGUACCACCCAGGAGUAUCGCACGCCCAAGGUGUCCGCCUCGCUGCAGGCGGUGCUGGCCCAGGCCAUGCAAACGGGCGGCGACGACAUCGAUAUUGUGGACUCACACACCAACUCGCUGCGCAGUCGCCUCGAGAACAUCAUCAAUGCCAACUCCAGCGCCAAUGGCGGCGGAGUAUCCGGCUCUGGUGCUGGAUCGCUGGCCGCUAGCACUGUCAGCAGUGUGCCAAUGCCCAAUGUACGCAACAUAAAGUCCAGCCGUGGUCUGCCCAGUGCCGCAACGACUCUCGACUCCAACCGACGUCCGCCCACGGGUCGUAUUCCCGCUAAAAAGCCGGCUUCGGCUUACCCAAAGGCACGCGGCCUCGUCAACAAGUAAUCCAGACGUGCGCCACGCGCCCCACGACUCGAAUCUAACCAAACUCAUACGCAAAAACCACACUAACCAAAGUAUUUCAUAGUCACACAAGGACGGUAACGUCAACGCAAUACGCCUAGCCCAAUCUUUACAUUUCCUUCUCACAUUUCGCACAAGCGCUUUGAAAAAGUUUCCUUUUUGUCUGAAGCCUCCGCAACACCCCCACAAGACUCACAGGUACUGUUGUAUUU